AUGGCCUCCCAAAAUGUGAAUAUCCUUCUGGCGUCCUUCCCAGGACUGUCACUACCUCCGACACUUUCAUUCGCCUUGCCUUCUACAGCAAGCAUCUCAGAUCUCACAGAGAAAGUUGCUUCUUACCUCCCAGCAGCAAUUUCACUCGAUUCUCUCGUCUUAACCACCACAAACAACAAGCAACUCAACCCAUCCGCGCAAUGUAUUGGGCGUUUCCUUUCCUCCGAUGGCGACUCUACCUCUACCCUCCUUCCGCUUCGCCUGAGCGCCCCUAUGUGUGGUGGUAAAGGUGGUUUUGGAUCUCAACUACGUGCAGCGGGUGGCCGCAUGUCCAGCAAGCGCAAGCGCAACCAGGGCGAUAACAACAGUUCCAGCCGCAAUCUCGACGGGCGUCGUUUACGUACCGUGAACGAAGCGAAAGCGCUCGCCGAAUAUCUCGCCGUUAAGCCUGAAAUGGACAAGAAAGAGAAAGAAGAGCGCCAGCGCCGUUGGCAAGCUGUGGUUGAGGUCGCGGAGAAACGCCAAGAUGAAAUCAAAAAUGGCAACGGAAAGGGCAAGGUGGAUGGUCAGUGGAUGGAAGAUAAAGAAGAAAUGAAUGAGAAGGCACGUGAGGCGGUCUUACAGGCCAUGAAGGACGGUGCUUGGACUGACAAUUUACGUGAUGCUAUUUUGGGUGGUUCUAGCACUAGCGCCAGUGACGAUGGAAGUGACGAUGUGAUGUCGAGCGAGGAUGAGGAGAGUGAAGAAAAUGGUGAAUCGAGCGCUGCUGGAUCUUCCAAGCCCCAAAAGGCAGCUCCUCGGAAAUUCAUUGGAUUUGACGAUGACGAUGAAUUCAUGAGUGACUCUGAAGAUGAGCAAGAUGAGGAAUCUACCAAGGGCAAAGGAAAGGCUCGUGCUUGA